UGCCUGUCAGCCACCCUCAGACAUCUCUGCACCUCCUCUCGGCAUAGUCCUCAGUCAGUCGGUCGGUCGGUACAGUGAAGAGCAGUGUCAUUAAUUCUUGAGAAUGCUGUCCUCAAGUCAGGUGACCUGUCUGGCGAUUUGCGCUCUCGUCCUUGUCAACCUAGUAGCGUCCAGAGAUAUCAGGAAAAGGGAAGUAGACGAUUCCGAUGCAGGCAAUGAGCCAAAGAGGAAAAGACCUUUCUGCAAUGCGUUCACAGGCUGCGGUCGAAAGCGUUCUGACGAGUCGAUGGGGGCUUUAGUGGAUGUUGGCCAGGAACCCUUGUUAGCUGAUGUGAACCGGCAAAUUAUUUCAGAGGCGAAAUUGUGGGAAGCAAUUCAAGAGGCUCGCAAUGAACUUCUCCGUCAGCGCCACCAGCAAAUGAUGCACGCCCCCGGAGGUUUGAUGGAACGAGAGCUGCCGCUUUUCAGGAAGAGGCGCGACGUUCUGAACCGUCUCCCCGAGCAGCAUGUUAGGUAAAAAUCCGGGCGGUAAGCGAGGCAAAGUGUGAGGGCACAUGAUCGGCUGGAUGACUCCCAAUGCAUUUUACACCCACAAUUUAAAGACGCAAGCAACUCUUCCACAGUAGCAGAGCACACAAACCAUUAAACAAUAAUUGUAUUGAUGUGGCGAUUUCUUAUAGAUGUAGCUACCUUGAAUGUUGCAUUACAUAAUUAUAUUAUAAAAAGACGGGGCUAUCAAAAUUAUACACGCGGCGAUCAACGUUUGAAGAUUGAGAGGAGUAUCAACUACGAAUCUUGUUUACAUUAUUUCCCACUUUAAUCAGAGCAAUCAUCGCGUAGUUUGAGAUCAAGUCUUAAUAAAAGAAAUUGGGUAACAUUAGAGCAGUUUAUAGUUUUUAUUUCAGACAAACCUAAU